AUGCAGAUCUUUGUGAAGAUCCUCACUGGCAAGACCAUCACACUUGAGGUUGAGUCAUCUGACACGAUCGACAAUGUCAAGGAAAAGAUACAAGAUAAGGAGGGAAACCCACCAGAUCAGCAGCGGCUCAUCUUUGCUGGCAAGCAGCUCGAGGACGGGCGAACACUUGCUGAUUACAAUAUCGAGAAGGAAUCCACCCUCCACUUGGUGCUCAGGCUCAGGGGUGGCAUGCAAAUCUUUGUGAAGACCCUCACCGGCAAGACCAUCACCCUCGAGGUUGAGUCUUCCGAUACGAUUGACAAUGUCAAAGCGAAGAUCCAAGACAAGGAGGGCAUCCCCCCAGACCAGCAGCGGUUGAUAUUUGCCGGCAAGCAACUUGAGGAUGGACACACUUUUGCUGAUUACAACAUUCAGAAAGAGUCCACCCUCCACUUGGUUCUCCGUCUCCGUGGUUGCAUGCAGAUCUUUGUCAAGACCUUGACUAGCAAGACCAUCACCCUAGAGGUGGAAUCUUCAGACACCAUCGACAACGUGAAGGCGAAGAUCCAAGACAAGGAGGGCAUCCCCCCGGACCAGCAGCGCCUGAUCUUUGCUGGUAAGCAGCUCGAGGAUGGUCGCACUCUGGCGGAUUACAACAUUCAGAAGGAGUCUACUCUCCACCUGGUGCUUCGCCUUCGUGGUGGCCAAUGUUCAGACCGUAACAUUGAGGGGGAUGAAAAAUUUGGGACGGAGACUGGAUGCAGAUGA